CAGUGUUAAAUGAAAAUGGCGGUGCAAGAUGGAGGGGGGAAGGAUGAGUUAAAAACACAGUUUAUAACAAGGGAAGGAACGUAUAGACUAAUGACGCUCUCAGAAUAUUCAAGACCCAAUAGGGUCGGAUAUACAAACACUCAAGGCAGUGCUGCUGUUCGUGUGUCGUUUGUAACAUUACCAGAUCCAAGCGGCAAUGGGGAUAGAAUUUGUUUCAAUUUCGGUAGGGAGCUAUAUGUUUACGUAUACAAAGGUGUAAAAAAGGCAGCAGAUUUAACCAAGCCAGUAGAUAAGAAAAUGUAUAAGGGUACAAAUCCGACUUGCCAUGACUUCAAUAUGGUUACAAUGACACCUGAUAGUGUGUCCUUAGUUGUGGGUUUUUCAACAGGACAGAUACAGCUUAUUGAUCCUAUCAAGAAGGAGCUUAGUAAGCUGUACAAUGAAGAGAGGUUAAUUGACAAGACAAAGGUAACAUGCAUCCGCUGGGUACCAGGAUCAACAAACCUUUUCCUGGUUUCACAUAGCAGUGGCCAGCUGUACCUAUAUAAUGAAGAGUUGCCAUGUGGCACGGCCCCACCCCACUACCAGCCUUUCAAACAAGGUGACGGCUAUGCAAUCCACACAUGUAAGACCAAAAGCACACGAAAUCCUCUCUACCGGUGGGUCAUUGGCUCUGAAGGCUGUUGUAUCAAUGAAUUUGCUUUCUCUCCGUGUGGUACGUGUCUUGCUGUGGUUUCUCAGGAUGGCUUUCUGCGGGUUUUCCAUUAUGAUACCAUGGAACUCUUAGGAUCAGCAAGGAGUUACUUUGGAGGAUUUCUGUGUGUCUGUUGGUCACCUGAUGGACGUUAUGUUGUUGUGGGGGGUGAGGAUGAUCUUGUUACUGUGUGGAGUUUCCAUGAAAGGAGGGUUGUUGCAAGGGGACAAGGUCAUCGUAGCUGGGUUAGUGUGGUAGCAUUUGAUCCCUUUACCACGUCAUACAGUGAACAAGACAGUGCAGUGGACUUCAGUGGCGGAUCAGAUGAUGAGACUACCCAACAGAACCACACACCAAAUUGUACAUUGUCUAGCGGGAGUAGUGAACGCAGUUCAGUGACUCGGAAUUCGGGGAACCAGGCUUCAAACAGGAACUCUUCUGGUUCAGACUUUAAUCGCAUGAAUGCAGCAACUUGCUACCGCCUCGGUUCUGUGGGUCAAGACACACAGCUCUGUCUCUGGGAUAUUACAGAAGAUGUCUUACGUCAGCCAAUGUGCAGUAAACUGAGGACUAGUGGUGUCGGUGGUUCCGGAACGUUUGGUGUGAACGGGUUAGCGAUGGGUGGCGCAUACCAUUUGAACUCUGUGGGUGGCUGUGUGCCCAGAUGCAACAACAUGUCCACAGCAAUGCAGGCCAACACUGUAGCAAGUAAAGAAAAGGAAUGUAUUGCAGAUGGGAAUGUAACUCAUUUCCAUGGUGUGAACAUGCACAAUAAUUCAUCAGCAGGUGUCACUGCGCCAUCUCUUACACAGAGAAUCGCUGGACUUGGUUUUGGUGAGAGAAAAGAGGGAGGUGGCACUCACAAACGAAAUUUUAGCCUCCCAUCUCGCAGUGGAACCGCUGGAGGUGAAAAAAAUAAUUCGUCAUAUCGAGGAAGUGGAAAUUCAAAUCGUACCUCAGCAGAUGACCCAAUGAGACUUAUUGGAACCGGUGCCUGUCCGAGGUUUGACGAGUGUCCCGUCCUGGAGCCCCUGAUAUGCAAGAAGAUUGCUCAUGAACGGCUCACAGCUCUUGUUUUUCGAGAGGAUUGCUUUGUCACUGCGUGUCAGGAUGGUUAUGUCUACACUUGGGCAAGACCAGGAAGAAUGGGUCUUGCUUCCCACAUCCCGUCAAGCCCGACUACAGUGACGGCAGCAGCAGUCGGGGGAGGCGUUGGUCCCAGCGGCACGGUGGUAUAGCUGGUCUCUCCCAGCCCUUGUCGUGCUGGGCUCUUUCUCACUGUCUCCCUCCUCUUCUCAGUAAGUGACUCAUUCGUGAGUUAUGGGAUUAUCAUGGCAUCCCUUAAUCCUUGUUUGCAUUAUAAAACUAAUGUGAAAGCGUAGUGACAAAUUGAAAAUAUUCAAUGUGAAAAUUUUAAAUUCCCAUAAGUAUGUGAAAACAAUUUAAAAUAAGUGUUUACAAGAAUUUGCAGGUGCUACACAUAAAACAUUAUGACAUGAAACCCAUUCUCUCUUAUUAUUUCAGUUGUUAAACACAAAGACUUGUUCACAUCAGUUUUAUAUUGUGAACUGGUCCAAAGUCCAUGUUGCCAUUUGAUCCAGUAUUUUAUUAUGUAACUCUUAGGUAUGUAGAGUGGGAGUGAAAGUUGAGAACGUUGUUCUUCUGUCUACGAACGGAACGAACUGACUUGCAUUGACAGUUGUUCCUACCAGUACAGGCUUGAGUAAUAAAGUUGAAUGUGACCUGCAAGAGUAAUUUUGAGUGAGAUUUCAAUCCAGAGUGAUUUUCGUAAGUUUUUAUUUACUUUGAAUUGUAGUUGCUUAAGAAGUCCAUUUGCCGCCUUACGGCUUUAGAGACGGUUGUAGAGACAAUAAACAUGUUUCACCUACAUGUUAACAUCAUGUUUAUAUAAUGCUUUCAAUAAUGGUUUUGAAUUUGAGUGUGAAUACUUUCAUUUUGUUGUGUAGUAGUGAACCAGAAGCAAGUAUAAUUGUUUUCAGUUUUAAUUUGUGUGGUCUUGGUCUCAUUUUUAAAGCUUGGGCCAUGUAGGUGAUAGAUGUUCUGACUGUGACAUCAUUUGCGUAAGGGCCUAAGGUUUGAGAUUGCCAGGUAAUGAGAAUUGUUGUUCUGGUAUUAUCUACGCAGGUUCCGUGAAAAUCACAUGUACAGUGUUGGAAGUUUAAUAACGUGAAGUAUUUAUGUUCUUACUUGGGUACGGAAUUGAAAAUUCUACUGUUUGUGGGUUCCUUUGUUAUUAAUAAAGUAUAUUUAGUGUUUGCAGCUCUCUUUAUGUUGCAUGUAGGAGAAAGGCCUGCAGACUCUUAUCACUUUAAUAAAAUAUUGACUUCAUCGUGGUUUCAACUUGUGAACGUAAUAGUUUGUUCCCAUACAAAACAAGUGUGAAACAGAUUUCAACAAAAUUACUUGUUUAUUUUUAUUGCCAGGAAUAUGGCUGCCUGUAGAAAUGUCUCUCAGUUUACUCAUCUUUUAUAAUAGAAGUAUUAUUAUGUAAUUCUUUAAUUUUCACGAACAAGUCUGUGUACAGAAACACAUUUUUGAAACUUGGCCAGUGAAUCUUCCUUGUAAUAGUGCAUGUGAUGUGUGAUGAAAUAGUAGUUUACACUGUUAAUAAUUUAGGCACACAGUAUUUGAGUUGGUCAUUUUGGAAACAGCAUACCGAUUGAUACCAAAACAUAAAUUUUCCAGGAGAAAGAAGUAUUUAAAAGUGCACCUUUUGUCUAUAAAAGUUCUGAAUUUUUGAAAGGUAUUCAAAUUUCAAAAAUAUAUUUAAUGUUGUGAAAUUAAAUAUUAAUGUGCAUUGUCUUACACUUUGAGGUUUUAUUGUUAUAGCAGAUCUGUUUGCACUUUUCAGAUUUGUUGAUACAAAUAUUUUUAUAUUUAAAUAUUAUACAAAAGAAUAAAACUAUUACAUAAUUAACAGAAUGAAGUGAAAUUUUACUGUAAUUUGUGAGUAAUUUGGCCGUAUCUGGACUUUAUCUGGUAAUCUUUAAAUAACUAACUAAAUAAAUAAAUUUGUAAACAGGAUCUAGGUCUGUUCUGGAGAUUGGCCCAGUUUCUGAAAUAUUUUGUAUACCCAGUUUCUCAUACAUUUUCAUGGUGUUAUACUUAAUGAAACAUGGGACAAAUUUACCUUAUUAUCCUCGUCAUCACCAAUCCUUAUUACAAUGCACACAUUAUCAUAACAACAGUUUCAACAUUUCUUAACACUAGUGUGGGACACUUCAGAUGAGUAAACUUUGUAAGGCACACAAGUAAUUUAACUUAUGCUUUCUUUUGUAUAUUUAUUAACUGAGUUAUUUAAAGGAAUCAUAACCAGUGCUUUUUCUAUGGUGGUACACACUGAUAUGGUGUACUGGCACCUUUUCCUCAAAAUACAAAAAAGAUUAUUAAAACUGUCAGACAUGACUUCAAAAUACCACCACAAGUUUUUCUAUGGGAAAAAAGUGUGAACUUUAAUGUCAGGAAAACAAAAACCUGUUUUAUGUGAAAAUUAUAAAUUUUGAGGUUAAUCUAUUUUUGCUUCAUACCCUGUCUGCACUUCAUAUAACCACUACAGCGCCUGGCAUCUGCAACUUGUAGUGUACGGUUAGGUCCAAAAUGUCAGAUAUAAAUAUGCAGUCUGUUAUGUAGCUGGUGUGGGAAGCGUUUGCCUUCAGAAUGUUGUUACAGUAUUUCUUAUAUGUCAGUGAGACUCAUGCCUGGCAAUCUUUGGAAGGGUAAAUAUUCU